GCAAAGAAGAGAAUCUAACCCGCAAGGAACUUUUGUGCAAUGGUGGUCAAACUUCAAGUGUUCAAGAAAAGUUCACCCAAUUCGAAGGUCACGCUUUUCCUGACGAAGCGAGACUACGUCGACCAUGUGUCCCACGUCGACCCCAUCGAGGGCGUGCUGGUGUUCGACCCGAGCUGCGUGCAGGAGCGCAACGUCUACGUGCAGAUCGCGCUCAGCUUCAGAUUCGGCCGCGAGGAUGACGAGUCGAUGGGCUAUAACUUCACCAAGACCAUGUACCUUCACACCACCCAGCUGUAUCCACCUGUAAAGGAAUUUGUACCUUCGGAAAUUCAGAGGAAUUUGAUAUCGAAACUGGGCAACUUCGCGUUCCCCUUCCUCUUGGAUUUCCCUAAGCUGUCGUCUCCGUCGUAUGUGAUGCAACAGGGAUGGGAGGAUGAGGGGUCCCUCAUGGGAGUGGAGUUUGAGGUCAUGGGAUACAUAGGCGCAACAGAGCAUGACAUGCCCAAGAGGAGCACUGCCCGCCUCCUGAUCCGCCGUCUGCAGGAGUGUCCUAAGGCCCUGUACGAGGCGCCGGUGCCCCGAGGCAGCAUAACAAAGAGCUUCCUUACGACGGCAGGCAAUGUCUCCAUCGAAGCCUCGUUGUCUAAGCCUGUUUAUGAACCCGAGGAAGACAUUCCCGUUAAAAUUGCUAUUAGGAACGACACUAACAGGGAUAUCAAGAGGUUGAAGAUGAAAGUCGUACAGCUCAGCGAAGUUCCGAUGUUCAGUGACCGCCAGACUCGUGACAAGACCAUUAUCAAGUACGACGAUCCGAUCAACCUCGCCCCCGGGGCCUGCACCACCCGUGGCGUCACGCUCAUGUGCUGCGUGCCUUCCAGGACAGCAAGGGGCAAAGUGUUUCUCCAAGGGGGCCUGAGGGCGGACUGUGAUGACGUCAUCGCUCCCACCACCAUCCUCAACCCCGAAGUCGACAAGAACGACGUGUUUGGGGUCUACGUGUCGUACGUGGUGCGAGUGAAGGCGUCCCUCGGCACCCUCAGAGGGGACUGCAUCCUCGACAUCCCCUUCGUCUUAGCGGUGCCGCAGGAGCACUGAAUGUCUGGCUCUCCAUACCGUGCUUCUUCCUGACACUCAAGUUGAACAUCGUCAUACAAUUCAUUCAUAAGCUGAAUCACCGAGAAUCGAAAUAGCGUCUUUUUGAAGCAUUUUACAUUUGCUUAUCUUUUUGUAUAUACUACGCAUAGAAUCAUUGUUUAUUGAAAAUUUCUGUCGCGUCACCAUCUAAGGUCAUUAACGGCGUAUUCAAAAUGUAGCGACUGCAUGUGGCUUGGGGGCGAAUCCCCCGGGUAAGGGAAUUUUUUUGGUCCAUGAGGCGAUGUUUGUGGAUGAUGGACAAAGGUCAUAAAGCACUAUGAUAAAGUAUUGUGGUGAAAAGGGGAAAAAGAGAUAACGAUUAGGACAAAAUAUGUUAGAAGUUGUAGAGCGCUGUGAAAAGGGUGCAGAGGGAAGAGCAAACGGAGUACGAAGGCCAUUCAAGACUGACGCAAAGAAAGCCUUUCACCCUUUCACCACGGCUCUCACACCGUAGGAUGUGGACAGAAGGGGAUGAAGAGAAAGAAAAGGAAAGGGGGAGAAAAAAGUCUGAGGUCCAAGAUAGAGGUGCUCUUCUAUGUUGGGCCUUAGUCUCCGUCUCCUAAGCCCCCCCCCCCCCCCCCCAACGACAACAACGAGCAAGGGUCUGGGGCGGGAGGUUCUUGGUAUCACCAGAAACUGAAUACUUUAUUAGCGGGAAACCUUUUAGACAUGAUUGAUGUCAUUUGCACAGAUUCUUACAUACAAAUAAACAUAAUACACGC